AUGCAUGAAGAAGGAGAAGAGGCAGAGACACCAAGUCUCGAAGAGGAGAGACCCAGAAGGUUCCACAAAAAUCUCAUGAAGAGGCGCAAGAAUAAUGACUCAAAAAUUAGGGCCAAAAGUGCAGUUGCUACACCAACUCCUUCACCAUUCACCACCGUCAGUCCACCAACCUCAACUCCUACAAGUUCAUCUCCUUCUAAAUCUCCAUUGACUUCUCCACCCGCUCCUCCCACUUUUCCUAUCGAUGCACCUACCGGAUCUACCACUAAUCUUCCAUCAAUCGUCGUUGGACCCGGUGGUGCAGCCCCUAACUUAUCACCCAACGCCGCUAUUUUGAACAGAGUACCGAUUGCUGGAUCUACUGCUACAGUGUUGCUACUUGCUGCUAUUUUGCUGUAG